AUGACCAGCCGGCGCUAUUUCAUCGGUCCAAUCCCCGAGGGCUGGUUGCAGGGUCACCGCAAGUCAUGGUAUCGAUCUCGCCUCCGAUUUAGGAAUUAUACUUCACAGACCAUUUCAUUCUCGGUGGAUCCUGUGGCAUCUCACUAUGGCAACCAAGGCGAUCAGAUUGAAGAUGUUGCCUUGGCGCUCACUAAUACUAGCGAAGAGCCCGCGAGAGAGCAGCAAGCCAAAGUACAGGAACAAGAACAGACGGAGGAACCCUCAGGAGAUAUGCAUACGCUUUCUCAUCCCAUGAGAAAGAUAAGUAACAAUCCCUCUGCGGAAGAGACGGGCGACAAUGAACCAUCUUCGGAAGAAGACAGCGACAGCACGCCUAGGCCAAGUACAGCAGGACGAGGGAAUAUCUAUGAUAAUGGCAAUGCGUCUUCCUCUUUUGUUACUGCCAGGGAAGAGGUUCCUGGGUCGGCAGACUCGGGUGGUCCCUCUACCGUGCACCUUAAAGGAUUGCCGCUUGGUCAACGGCCAAAGUCCCAACGAUCCCAAAAUCCGAAUAUCGCCGGGCCUAGCGACGCUGCCACCCUGACACCGAAUACGUCUGCGGCUGCGAGCGAAGCCGAUUCUACAACGCAACUACUGCGAAAAAAAUCCAAAGCUAAAAAUCAAAGAAAGAGCAAGCCCUCUGGUUUAUCUCGCACAUCCCUCAAGCAACAGGACCCCCAGGAUGAAGACGAGUCUCGUGAAAGCGAUCCGGGGGAUGAAGGGCCAAUUCAACGAAGGUUCACCAGCAAGAUAGCAGCCAAGUACAACCUAGAUGACAACCUCAGACACAAGCAACGCAGACUUCGCUCCCAGAUCGCAAAGACCCAGGGCACCAUCUCCGCCAACCGGCCGCGUCGAAGGAAAGUCCAGGACGGGGAGAUUGUCAAGGCAGAAAGGAUGCUGGUACGCGUCGAGGAGUCGCUGCAAGAUAACCUCCCUGCCGACUACUCCGAGAAUGACAGCCUUCGCAUGGAAACCCGAGUCGUUGACAAGUGGCGCGAGUUUCUGGUUGUUUGCAGGAAAAGCUCUGAGGAACACACCCCGUUUGCUUUGCAGAUGUACCGGACCCGAGUCAUCCCUGAUAUCUCACGAUCCGACAAUAAAACACCACCCUACUACGAGCUACGCCUGAACCACAAGAAAACCAGGGUCAACCUAUACUCCUCCCUCGACAAAACCAUCGUGGUUUGGCACCCCUGCAAACGCGGCACCCGGAUUUAUAUCAUUCGGCCCAAGUCUGCAGCUCACGCUGCCGAGUGGUACACAUUUGUCCGCCAAGUCCUGGGCUGGCGACGGCCCACUUCUGUUCCCAUCCAUGUUCCUGAUCUCGGCGUCUCAUUGAUCUUCAAGCACCCCUUUGAGCACCUUGAGGCUAGUCUCGGGCCUAAGGAUGACGAUGCGCAGCACACAGCUGUGCUGAGUCGGCCCGCAGGCGACAGGCGCUACGCGGCUGAAACCAUCAUCCGGGUCUGUAUGGAAAUGCUCGAGGGUCGGUCCGAAUGGGCCGAGGUGUUGAAAGCGUGGUCCAAAACGGAGAAGAUGGGGCUCGCCUGGAAGCGGUAUGAUCGCCUUGAAUGGGUUUUUGGAGUGAGCGAGGAAAAGAUGUACGGAACGAUUGCGAUGCAGUCCUCGCAUGAACUUGAGCUGCGUCCAAGACGCCAUUAUUCCACUGCAAUCAAGUCCGGCGGCGUAAAGGAAGAAGAACCGCCCCCGGUCGAAGGGUUCCUGGUUCGGCUGACAUCCCAGAAGGGCGUGCACCAGCGCAUGAACAGGAUGUUCUUCAAGAGGCUUUACUUCUUUACUGAAGAUCAUUACCUGCUUUUCUGCAGGCCCGCCAAGGCGUUUCCGCCGACACCUCCGCAACUUGUCCCGACGGAAGACUCGGGUGUGCCGUCAUCUCAGCAGAUCCUCGACGAAAUGCCUCGGUCUUGGGAUAUCGACCCCUACCCCAUCCAAGACGGCGAGAUUGCAUGGUUGUCCAGCGGGAACCAGGAAUACGUGCAAAGGCACGACGAAGAGGCCUAUGCGCAGUUGCAAAGGAACGUGCACAAUAUCGGCCACGCAGACGGGUAUAUUGAUCUAUGCCGCGUGCAAGAAGUUCGCAACAUCCACCGGGGCAGCAGCCCUGCCGACCCUAACAUCCGAGAAGGGCCCGCGGUGGAAUUCGACCGGGAGCCGACAGACUCGCGACAGGACGACGGUGCCACGAAACAGUUUGAUGAUGACCGCACCUUUGAAAUGGCCUUGGACAAUGGACUGAUGAUCCGUCUUCAGGCGUAUGAUGCCGCCACUCGAGACGAGUGGGUUCGGCGACUGGCCGCCUUGGUCAAGUACUGGAGGACGCGCUGCGCCGACGAUGCCACCGAGUUCCAGGCCGUGCGGCGACGCAACCUCAAGCUGCUGGACAUCGACGAGGAGAUGGAGUCGAUUGUCGGGCAGUUCGCCGAGAAGUGGGAGGUGAAAAAGGCCGAGGCUUCGCCGCACCUGCAUAACAUGUGUUCGCUAUCUGGGUGCCGGACGAUCAAGAUGUCGGGCCAGCUCUACCGCAAACCACGCCGCCACUCCACCUUCUACCAAUGCAACGUCCUCCUCACAGCCGGCAAGCUCCUCGUCUUCCGAAGCACGCUGCGCAAGCGCAACGGCAUGGAAAUCCCCCACAUCCACCAGCAACUCGAAGCAACCAUCGACCUGCACGACUGCUACAUCUACUCGGGCCUGCUGACCGAGACCGACCUGCUAUACGCCAACCAGACCUUCGACAGCAACAACCCGGGCCUGCACGCCCUGCCGCGCGUGUAUCUGUCUUCGGACGCGUUCACGAGCCGCGACGAGGACACCGCUAUCACCUUUGUGGUAUGGCAACCGCUGAAGAAGAGCUAUUUCCGUGCCGAGGAGGCCGAUGCCCAGGGUCAGGCGCACCGGUCUCUGCGCCAUGUCUCGACGCUCGGUAAACAUGGUCGCACGAUUGUGUUUAAGGCAAGGAGUCGGGUCGACAAGGAUCGGUGGGUGCUGAGUAUCUCUUCGGAGAUUGAUCGCCUGCAGGAAGAGCAGCAUGAGGAUAUCCGGCUUGUGUCGUGA